AAAUAAAUAAAAUAAAUAAAGAAAUAAAGAAAAGGAGGAAAAAAAAAAUAUAUAUAUACAUAUAUAUAUGUAUAUAUAUGUAUAUAUAUAUAUAUAUAUAUGUAUAAAAAAGUAUCGAUUCCGUCUCCGGACGUUGGUUCAGAUUUAGCGCAACUGACGACGGUUUUUCUUUCGUUUCGUUUCGUCAGGAGGGGGCACUGUACCGCGUUAGGAUGAGGUCUCGGCUAGGUCGAAAGAUUUUUCAGAUACCGGAUACCCUCGAGAUGUCCUCAAAUUGGCCUCCACCGAAUAUCUUGGGGAUUGUUCGGAAGACACUAUGGCCAAGCGUAUUUUUUACAGAGAGCGUAUUCACACCUAAAGAUAUAGACCUUGAGGAUGGUGAAAUGGAUGACGCCGAACGUGAAUUAGAAGCAUUCAAGAGGUUCUGUCUUCAAUCGGUGCCACCGCCACGAAAGGAAAAGGUCAAUCUCAACAUCAAGGACAUCGUCCUUAAGAAGAAAUCAUCCUCCUCGUCCUCCUCAUCUGCGACCGCCGCGGUUAUCGCUGCUAAUUGAAUUCGUUCGUUAAUAGUAUGUGUGUUUGAUUGUGCGUGUGUCCUUGCGUGCGUGGUUUUUUUUUUUUUUUUUUUUUUUUUAAUAUCAUUUUUUUUUUUUUUUGUUUUUUAUUUUAUUUUUCCUCUCUCUCUGAAUAAGAAAAACAAAGACAAACAAACAAACAAACAAACAAAAAAAGAAAGAAAGAAAGAAAAAACGAUUUAUUACGUAGAAACGUGUGAAAAAAAAAAGAAAAAAAAAAAAAAAAGAAAAGAAAGAAAAUACUGCCACGAAUACUUUUAGACAAAUGUUUUUCGAGCAUGUAUGUGUUAAACGUUGUUCCUUUGAGAUAUUAUUCGUUGCGACGUUUAAGAGAAGAAGAAAAGGAAAGAAAAAAAAAAAGGAAAAAAAAAGAAAAAAAGAAGAAAAAGAAAAAAGAGAAAGAAAGGAAGAAAAAGAGAUAUCGUCGAUUACGACUAUAAAAUAAAUAA